AUUUUUGUUUGCGGAGGAGGGGGGAAAGAAAAUCAGUCCACCGGAGAAGCCAGCUGCUUCACCGGGCCGGCAUGGCUAAAACUAACUGGGUUCUCGCAGAUGAAGGGAUUGUUGAUAUGAAUGGAAUCUUUACUUAAUCGGAGUUCUUUGAGUACCUUGGUACAAGAAUGGUCAUUUCCGGCAGGCGGCAGCUCGUCGCCCAAAAGGUUUCUGGUCCUCUGGAACGAAGAGGAUGAAGAAAUAGAUUGUACCUUUGUUAGAUCUCGGUAUCCCUCGACCAGAAGUGAUAACUGGAUGAUCAAAGAUAAGAUCAGAAAAGCGCUUGAGAAUGUAGAUCUGGCGUGUUUUCUCUCAAUCCUGGCUCAGUUUUGGGCUAUCGACGGCCGGUGCUUCCUCCAAACUUUAUAUCAACCGUUUGGUAUGACAUAUCUGGGGAAGGAACUUUAUUCUUACUAGAAAAUCCAAACUGGACAAGUAUUUUGGAUGAAGUCAUGGCAAAUGUGACUUAUAUAUUCACAGAGCUGUAAUGUUUUUGUGUACAAAGUGGAAAGGAAGAAACGCCCCGGCAAAGAGCAUUAGCAAAAUGUAUUUAGGAAGAUUACAAUAACUUUACUAUCACAUGGGAUUUGCUAUGCUUAAUUUUAAUGGCUCAAUUACACACAACAAAAUGUGUAGCCUAACAGAAAUCAAAAUGAUCACAGGGAUUGGAAGUACAUAUGCAAAUCAGGAGAUGAUCUUGAUGAACCGAUAGGUUGUGAACCCAAGAUUUAGGACAUUGUUUACAGAAUUUUGGAGGUGUAAUUGGGCACCGUAAAAGCCGAUCAGAAAGCCAAGACUAAAGAUAGGAAAGUCAUCUUGAAGCUAAAGGACUGAGGGCAGCUCGAGUUUUGUCUCUGUAUCGGGAAGCUGAUGGUGGCAAUGCCAAAAGCCAUUAAGUUAAAUAAUCCCCCUUUGGGAGGCCUAAAAUGAAGUAUUGUCCUGCAAUUUGGAUGGGAUGUAUCCAAUCGGAAAAUAAUAUUGGUCGAGCGGUGGAGAUAAAGCUUAGCCU